AUGCGAACAUUACCAAAUGGUGAAACGCUAGAAAGAAAAUGGUUGAUUUAUUCUAUAGAUUUAGAUAGAGCGUUUUGUUUUUGUUGUAAAUUGUUUAACGUGAAUCAAUGUACUAGUAGCUUAGCUAAAGAAGGUGAUAACGAUUGGAAAAAUAUUAGUAGUAAAUUAAAAGAACAUGAAAAAAGUAAGGUACAUAUUAACAAUAUGAGAACAUGGAUGGAAUUAGAGAUAAGAUUGGCGAAAAAUAAGACAAUCGAUAAACAAAAUCAAAAUCAAAUAAAUAAAGAAAAAGAACAUUGGAGAAAUGUGCUAAAAAGAAUUAUUGCCCUUGUAAAAAGUCUUGGUUCACAUAAUUUAGCAUUUCGUGGGACAAAUGAACAAUUGUAUGAAGAAAACAAUGGUUUAUUUUUAGCCGGUAUUGAGAUGAUUGCAGAAUUUGACCCGAUAAUGCAAGAAGAUGGUAGACACAUACAAAAUAAAGAAAUUCAUAAUCAUUAUCUUGGACCCAGAAUGCAAAAUGAACUAAUACAUUCAUUAUCAAAUGAGGUCAAAACAAAAAUUAUUAAAAAGGUUAAGGAAGCUAAAUAUUUUUCAAUUAUUCUUGAUUGCACACCCGAUAUAAGCCACAAAGAACAAAUGUCCAUUAUCUUACGAUGUUUAGAUAUUUCGCCAACUUCAAUAGAAGUUAAAGAAUACUUUUUAGAAUUUUUAAUAGUGAAUGAUACAACCGGUAAAGGUCUUUUUAAUUCUAUUACUGAGGAACUUAAUAGAAUAGGACUUAAUGUGGAUGACAUUAGAGGUCAAGGUUAUGUUAAUGGUUCAAAUAUGAAAGGAAAACAUAAGGGAGUACAAAAACGAUUGUUAGAAGUUAAUCCUAGAGCCAUUUAUGCUCCAUGUGGUUGUUAUAGUUUAAAUUUAGUUAUUUCUGAUAUGGCUAGCGCUUGUGACAAAGUUCAAGAUUUUUUUGGAACCAUACAACGUAUUUAUUCUAUUUUUGCAUCAUCCACUAAAAGAUGGAAAAUUUUACAAGAUAAUAUACCAUAA